AUGUCCUCCUCAUAUAAGGAAAUAUUGUCCACUCAUAUCCAUGCUAGCAUCAACUCCGAAUCAUCACUUAAUUUGGCUAACAAUAAUAACAGUACUAACAAUGAUGCUCCUAACAACAACAACAACAAUAGCAAUGGCAGCCCGAUGUUGACCACAACUGCAGUACGGAAUUCUAUAAAUUCCUUAAAUAAUUGCAGAGCGAGUGAAUUUCUCGUCAAUGGCAAUGAUAUGAUCUCGCCGGUGUUGAUGGUCAAGUUCCUGAAAGACGAACUAAAGGCGGCAGAAACAAAACAUUGCGAUACCUGUCAAUGCUCGAAAGACCUUACCGUUUUGGCAGAUGUUUCGCAUUCAUAUUCCGUCUCCACCCAGACUCCGUUCACAUUGACCAACAGCAACGGCAAUCUGAAUGACAGCACGACACAGCUUUGUCUGCGCUGCUACAGCAAUCUGAAUUCGCCAUCGCGCACUAACAGCCCUUAUGGCAAGAACAUACUCAAAUCCAGCGAUUCGGUGAUAUCGGAGACGAAAAGCUCCGUGUCGGAUCUGAAUGAAAUGGACAAAUUAUUUACGCCCGUUAAGAAAGACGACCUCAUGGUCAAUCCUAUUUUAGGCCACCAUCGAGUCUACGAUAGACAAUAUUCCCAGAAGAAAGGAACCCAGUCGUUGUCGGCUACAGCGAAAUUGUCGUACAAUACUUUGUUAGACAACAUGAAGUCGACGAACAGCAAUCAGCGUCGUUUCAUUGAUGGCGGUGGAACAGCCCUGGACUUACUCGAGGGAAAGACCAAAACACCUGCACCUGCCAAAUCUAAAAGAACAUUGGAAGAUGUAAACGCCAAUGACGAUAUUCUCGACGAGGAGAAACCCCUUCUGGGCUCAGGUUUAAGUGAAAAUAUUUCCGUGGAUGCCGCCGAGGAUACACUGGGCGUCAGGACAAAGUUAAGAACCGAAAGUUCUUGCGAGUUAAGAAGAGGAGUGGUCCAAGAUCACUUAAAAUCGCCAACCGCCAGCACUAAAAGUGCUUUAGAAGCGUCGAAGACGUCCAUUGAUGCUCUGGUCAAAACUGCCAUGACCGGCAGCUUGUCGAGUGUUUGGAGCAAAACCAGCAGCUGUGAGGGGGCAAAGAUGUUUGAGAACUUCAACAGAAAUCUCAUUAAAACCAUUAAGGCUGAAAACCCGAAAAAUAGAGGACCACGUCUGUGUGCCAUGCGAAUUCAACAAAACGGCCAGAGCAAUAUUCUCCUGGACAAUAUCGAGUCAAUUGAGGCCGUCACACCCAUUAUAUACCGUCGACGGGAGCGCCUUCUAGACGAAGAACUUGAUGAUGGCAAGGACAUAAUAACGUCCAAAUUGGCGCUGGCAAAGGAACAACUGCAGCAACAACAGGAAACCCAACACGUCAUUGAAACAGCCAAAGAAGCCCUGGAAAUUGAAAACUUGCCAUCCGACUUACUGAACAGCUCUCCAAAAAUUGACGUCGAACCCAAAGACACUAUUGCGAAUGAACCAAAAGAACCGAAGAGACCACAAGGAUGCGAUGAAACUGUGGUACUUGCUAAAGACGAAAAGACUGAUAAGAUGAUAAUAGUAGAAACCCCAAAAGUCGAAGUGACCACAGUGGACCCAUCCCCUGUGACUUGUGAUAAUAGUUGUAAAAAUUCAGCAGUUACCCCAUACAGCUCUUUAGUCGACAACAUCGAUUUCCAGGAAUCCGUAAUACUGCGGCGUCAGCAAUUAAGUCGUGUAGCCGAAUGGGUCCAGAACAAUUCCAAACAAAUGGAAAGGGAACGGCGAGAAAUGGAGAAGCAUAAUCCAUGCGAAUCCUCGCCAACGGAACACCGAGCAUCGUCGUUUUCCACACUGGAUCAAAUCGAUUCUGUGUCAGUGGAAAAAAUGUCGACGGACUCCGGCUACAAGACAACACCACAGUUCCAACAAAUCACCAAUUCCAGUCAAGACGACACCAUUAAGACCUCCGAUGAGUCGCUCUCACCCAAGUCGGAGCCAAUUAAUGAUAUUUCCACACAAUUUACUGCAGAAGCCAUUAAUACUGCCACCAAUGACAUUUCCACUGGGUCUCCGAUGGAGGCACCCGCUUCUUCUUCAAAUGCUCAAAUUUAUAGCACACCUCAAACCUUUUACCGGCGAACGUCACGCUCGGGUCUACCUGUGGCCUACACUACAUCGGAGCCACAGGAUUCUAGUUCGCAGUGUUCCCAGAUAAUUGCAACCGAACAGCCAACAUGUGAUAUAGUGAACUACAAGUACUACCCCAGCCAUAGCGACAAGAACCAAGCCUCGCAAUCCAUUGCUCAGACCGGUCGCACGGAAACCGUGGAUAUUGCUCAAAUGGAGUACAACGUCAAGCAAUUCCUGCUGAAGCAAAAUGAAUGGUCGAUGCGCACGACGACAACAAGCCCCUCUACACAAAGUCAAAUUUCCACACGGCCCAUCAAAUUGUUUUCGUCGAAUUCUGCCACAGGCUUUGGGCCUGGGAAAGGGGAGCGCGUAGUAAACGUAGCCAAUGGCAGCUUGGCAACUAUCACGUCGGGGUCCACUCUACAGGCCAUUGAUACUGGCAUACCCCAAAGGACUGAAACGAAUUUAUAA